AUGAAUAGCUCUCACUUCACAGCCUCUCUCUUCCCAGGAUCCCUACAGGGUAAGAAUGGGACCAAUCCAUUGGAUUCCCUCUAUAAUUUCUCUGACGUCUGCCAGGAUUCAGCAGACCUGUUGGCCUUCAUCAUCACCACCUACAGCGUUGAGACCAUCUUGGGGGUCCUGGGAAACCUCUGCUUGAUAUUUGUGACCACAAGGCAAAAGGAAAAGUCCAAUGUGACCAACCUACUCAUUGCCAACCUGGCCUUCUCUGACUUCCUCAUGUGUCUCAUCUGCCAGCCGCUCACAGUCACCUACACCAUCAUGGACUACUGGAUCUUUGGCGAAGUCCUUUGCAAGAUGUUAACUUUCAUCCAGUGUAUGUCGGUGACAGUCUCCAUCCUCUCACUGCUCCUUGUGGCCCUGGAGAGACAUCAGCUCAUUAUCAAUCCCACAGGCUGGAAACCCAGCAUUUUCCAGGCCUACCUGGGCAUUGUGGUCAUCUGGCUCAUCUCUUGUUUCCUCUCCUUGCCCUUCCUGGCCAAUAGCAUCCUGAACGACCUCUUCCACCACAACCACUCUAAGGUUGUGGAGUUUCUGGAAGACAAGGUCGUCUGCUUUGUGUCCUGGUCCUCAGAUCACCACCGUCUCAUCUAUACCACCUUUCUGCUGCUUUUCCAGUACUGCGUUCCUCUGGCCUUCAUCCUGGUCUGCUACGUACGCAUCUACCAGCGCCUGAGGAGGCAGAGGCGUGUGUUUCACACGCACACCUGCAGCUCACGAGUAGGGCAGAUGAAGCGGGUCAAUGGCAUGCUCAUGGCCAUGGUGACUGCCUUUGCGGUUCUCUGGCUGCCCCUGCAUGUGUUCAACACCCUGGAGGACUGGUACCAGGAAGCCAUCCCUGCUUGCCAUGGCAACCUCAUCUUCUUGAUGUGCCACCUGUUUGCCAUGGCGUCCACCUGUGUCAACCCUUUCAUCUAUGGCUUUCUCAACAUCAACUUCAAGAAGGAUAUCAAGGCUCUGGUGCUGACCUGCCAUUGCAGGUCACCUCGAGGGGAAUCUGAGCAGCUGCCUCUGUCCACUGUGAACACAGACCUCUCCAAGGGGUCUGUGAGGAUGGGUAGCAAGCCGACCUUCAUAUAG